AUGAUUGUUGAUAAUGAUGAUGAUCAUGAUGAUGUGAUCGAUGAACCUACUGCUACUACUACUACUACUACAAUGAGUAGUACUGAAACGAAUGAAAUACCGAUCUAUUUAUCGAUAAAUAACAAAUUAUUUGUUCAUAUGGCACAAACUAUAACAAAAACAACUACUUCUAUUAGUAUAAAUAGUAUACAACAACUAGCUCUAUUCAUACAUCAAGCGGCUAGUGUUCGAACAGAUAGAGAAGUUAUGAAAGCCUAUUUACAUUCAGUGAUGGGUACAUUAAAACAAUCUGAAUCUCAUCUCAUCGA